AGGACAUGCACACACGUGCUCCUAAUUAGGCUAAUUAGCUCCGUUUGUUGCUACUAGCUGUGUUUGUUAGGAGUUUAGGUUGUGAAUUGAACAACAGCGGCGUCCGGAGUAAAAGCAGAGAUGUUUUGCUGUCUUAAUAUACUGCCAGCCCCACUGCAGGUCUGCAUGGGAACAUGCCUGCACCAGGAUGUGACAGAAGAGGGUAAAAAGGCUAAACUCCAGAGCUCUAAAAUAGAGCAAGACAUUUGUGAACAUGCCCGGACUGAGAUGAAUGUGGUGAAAAUCCUCAUGCUUGGAACUGCCGAGAGUGGAAAGAGCACCCUGAUCAAACAGAUUAAGAUAAUCCACAGUAACGGCUUCUCCAAACAGGAGCUCACGAGUUUCAAGCCUGCAGUCCUAGACAACCUGUUGACCUCUAUAAAGUUUGUUCUUCAAGGAAUGGGAAUGCUGAGGAUUAACCUCGCUAACAAGAAGAACAAGAUGCACGCCCGCUCCAUCCUGUCCUGCAGUCAGUGUUUGGGGGACGACCAGGAGCUGUUCCCGUUUGUGGCUCACGCCAUCUGUGCGCUUUGGGCCGACCAAGGGGUGCGAGCAGCUGCAGCCAGAGGCUACGAGUUUGAGCUCAACGACUCUGCACUCUAUUUCUUUGAGAACAUGAGUCGAAUCAUCGCUCCCAAAUACGUUCCCACCGAGACAGAUGUUCUGAGAGUGAGGGUGAGGACCUGUGGAAUCAUCGAGACGCAGUUUCAACUUAAUGAAAUGAUCUUUCGGUUGUAUGAUGUGGGAGGCCAGCGGAGCGAGAGGAGGAAGUGGCUCAACUGCUUUGACUGUAUUCAAGCUGUGCUGUUUGUCGUGGCCCUCAGCAGCUAUGACAUGACACGGACAGAGGCCGCUUCAGGGAAUCGGCUGCAAGAAAGUCUAGAACUUUUUACAUCCAUCUGCACCAACACAGUCUUUAGCAGCAUCUCACUGAUUCUGUUUAUGAACAAAACUGACCUUUUCCGGGACAAGAUCCUACGCUCUGGAAGACAUUUGAGAUUCUACGUUUCCAGUUACAAAGGAGCAGACGGUGACGUGGAUGCUGCAGCCCACCACAUCACUGCCAUGUUCUCCUCAUGUAACAGCAGUCCCAACAGACCCGUGUACCACCACUACGCCACUGCCACAGACACCGCUAACGUACAGGUGGUCUUCCACAUGGUCAUAGAUCAGGUUAUCAAGGAGAAUCUAGAGGAUGUCCAGCUGCUGUAAAAGUCUUCUAAAGGUUGAGAUUUUAAUUUCAACAGUGUGUUUUUACCUGUGGGUCAAUGUUUCUCAUUUUAUAAUAACUUAAGUGGCUACGACGCUCAAGAUAAUAAAGCUGCACUUUACCCAAUUUAUUUUAAAAACCUUUUAAAUAAAAUAUUUAUUGAUACAC